AUGGGACAAAAUAAAUAUUUCGACGUGGAAGAAGACGGAGAUGAAUAUACUUUUCCAGGUUCGGACGAAUUGAAAAAAAUAGCAGAAGACGAACUACGUGAAACGGAUAGUUUGAGAGCGACGAGUUUAAAACAAUUAAGAGAAUGCAUAAGAAAACAUCCGGAUAUAAAAAAAUGCAGGACAGAUUCUGCUUUCCUGUUGAGAUUUUUAAGGACGAAAAAAUUCAGCGUACCCUUGGCUUUGGCCAUGAUUGAACGUUAUCUCGCAAUAAGACAAUUAUAUCCUCAAUGGUUUAGAAAUUUAAACGUCGACGAUCCCGUGAUAAAUGAUAUCAUUGAUAAAGGUUAUCUCGUACCUUUACCACUCAGAGACGAAAAUGGAAGAAAAGUCAUUUUUUCCUGCCCUGGUAAAUUCGAUCCUUAUAAAUACACGGCUGCGGACAUGACGAAAACUCACAGUUUGGUCGUCGAAUGUCUCAUGGACGAUGAAGAAAAUCAAAUAAGGGGGUACACGUACGUUAACGACGAAAGCGGUUUGUCGAUGGGUCACAUUUCCCUCUGGUCCUUAUCCGACAUGCGUAGCCUUAUGAAAUGCAUACAAAAUUCAACUCCGAUGAGGCAUAAAAGCACUCAUUUCAUUAACAUACCACAUUACGCGAAUAAAGUUUUUGAAUUUUUCCUCGGAUUGUUAAAUGAUAAACUCAAAGGAAGAGUUAUGAGUCACGGAACUUUGGAUGAUUUUAAAGAACACAUUUCACCCAAAAUCCUACCCAAAGAAUACGGAGGUGAAGUUCCACUCAAGGACAUGAUAGAACAAUUCAAAGAAGUCAUGAAAAAACAAAAGGAUGCCAUCGCUGCAUUGGAAGAAAUGGAAAUCGACACGUCCAAAAGAAGUAAAAUUGCCGAUUUGGAAGAUGAAUUGACCGGAGUCGCCGGAUCCUUUAGGAAGCUGGAAGUAGAUUAA